CCGGCCCUACACCCCAUGGGGUUGCCGCUGCCCAAGGACAAAGGGUUCAUUCUCUGCCUGUGGAGAAAAUUGUGUAGAUGGCUCCAGAGACGGGAGUCCUGGGCUCAGAGCCGAGAUGAGCAGAACCUACAGCAGCAGAAGAGGAUCUGGGAGUCGCCUCUCCUUCUAGCUGCCAAGGAGAACAACGUCCAGGCUCUCAACAAGCUACUCAAGUAUGAGGCCUGCGAGGUGCACCAGAGAGGAGCCAUGGGGGAGACGGCGCUGCACUUAGCAGCCCUUUACGACAACCUGGAGGCCGCCAUAGUGCUGAUGGAGGCUGCCCCGGAGCUGGUCUUCGAGACCAUGACAUCAGAGCUGUACGAAGGUCAGACCGCACUGCACAUAGCCAUCGUGAACCAGAACAUGAACUUGGUGAGAGCCCUCCUUGCCCACGGGGCCAGCGUCUCUGCCAGAGCUACAGGCACAGCUUUCCGCCGCAGCCCCCGCAACCUCAUCUACUUUGGGGAGCACCCUUUGUCCUUCGCUGCAUGCGUGGGCAGUGAGGAGAUCGUGAGGCUGCUCAUUGAGCAUGGAGCCGACAUCCGGGCCCAGGACUCCCUGGGAAACACCGUGCUGCACAUCCUCAUCCUGCAGCCCAACAAGACCUUUGCCUGCCAGAUGUACAACCUGCUGCUGUCCUACGAUGGGCGCAGGGAGCACCUGCAGUCCCUGGACCUCGUGCCCAAUCACCAGGGUCUCACCCCCUUCAAGCUGGCCGGAGUGGAGGGCAACAACGUGAUGUUCCAGCACCUGAUGCAGAAGCGGAAGCACAUCCAGUGGACCUACGGGCCGCUGACCUCCACUCUCUACGACCUCACCGAGAUUGACUCCUCGGGGGAUGAGCAGUCUCUCCUGGAACUUAUUGUGACCACCAAGAAGCGGGAGGCUCGCCAGAUCCUGGACCAGACCCCGGUGAAAGAGCUGGUGAGCCUCAAGUGGAAGAGAUAUGGGCGGCCGUACUUCUGCGUGCUGGGCACCAUAUACCUGCUGUACAUCAUCUGUUUCACCAUGUGCUGCGUCUACCGCCCCCUCAAGCCCAGGACCAGUAACCACACUGGUCCCCGGGACAAUACCCUCCGACAGCAGAAGCUACUUCAGGAGGCCUACGUGAGCCGUGAGGAUAACAUCCGCCUGGUCGGGGAGCUGGUGACUGUCAUGGGAGCUGUGAUCAUUCUGCUUGCAGAGAUUCCAGACAUCUUCAGGGUGGGGGUCACUCGCUUCUUUGGACAGACCAUCCUCGGGGGGCCAUUCCACGUCCUCAUCAUCACCUAUGCCUGCAUGGUGCUGGUGACCAUGGUGAUGCGGCUCACCAAUGCCAACGGGGAGGUGGUGCCCAUGUCCUUCGCCUUGGUGCUGGGCUGGUGCAAUGUCAUGUACUUCGCCCGAGGAUUCCAGAUGUUGGGCCCUUUCACCAUCAUGAUCCAGAAGAUGAUUUUUGGCGACUUGAUGCGAUUCUGUUGGCUGAUGGCUGUGGUCAUCCUGGGCUUUGCCUCAGCCUUCUACAUCAUCUUCCAGACAGAGGACCCGAACGAGCUGGGCCAUUUCUACGACUACCCCAUGGCACUGUUCAGCACCUUCGAGCUGUUCCUCACCGUCAUCGACGGGCCUGCCAACUAUGACGUGGAUUUGCCCUUCAUGUACAGCAUCACCUACGCCGCCUUCGCCAUUAUCGCCACGCUGCUCAUGCUCAACCUCCUCAUCGCCAUGAUGGGUGACACUCACUGGCGGGUGGCCCACGAGCGGGAUGAACUCUGGAGGGCGCAGGUGGUGGCCACCACGGUGAUGCUGGAGCGGAAGCUGCCCCGCUGCCUGUGGCCGCGCUCGGGGAUCUGCGGGCGCGAAUACGGGCUGGGGGAUCGCUGGUUCCUGCGGGUGGAAGACAGACAGGACCUCAACCGGCAGCGAAUGCGGCGCUACGCACAGGCCUUCCACAGCCAGGGCUCCGAGGACCUGGACAGAGCCUCUGACAAACCGCCGCUGGACCACCCGCCGGGUCCCCACCUGUCCCUGUGCACCCCCUCAGUGUCCCGAAGUACCUCCCGCAGCAGCGCCAACUGGGAGAGGCUUCGGCAAGGCACCCUGAGGAGGGAGCUGCGGGGGCUGGUCAACAGGGCUCUGGAGGACGGCGAGGGCUGGGAGUACCAGGUCUGAGCCCGCUCUGCCCUCCGGUGCCCGCAGCUGCUCCCCUUUUCCUGGGGGCGUCAAAACACAAACCCCAGACACCCGGAGGUCUAAGCUCCCAGGGCCAGGGGGAAAGCAGAAGGCAUGCUCUCCC